CUUUGCCAAACCGGAUACGGGAUCGACCAGAUGGCUUUUCCAUACACGCAUCUUCGUGUGUAUAUUUAUGUACAUGUGGAAGGGGCCGAUGAAAUCCAAUUCGCUUCGACGUUCGCGAGACCGACUAGAUAUAGCAAAGCAACUGCACACACUAAGAGCCCAUGAAGACCACAAAAACAUUCCAGAUGUUUCUCAGAAGUUUUCGCAAACUACCUGAGGAAGAAAGUCUGUAAUAUAUGAACUUACUGGAAAAUUCUAGAGAAUAGAUUGAGGCAGGUAAAAUGGAGGACGACAAUGCUGGCGGCAAGUAAGAACUAGUUUAAAUUUCUCCGCCAGGCGGCGGCACUUCUCAGUCUCAGCUGUUUUGUCAACUUUUCAGAAGUGGAGUGAUGAUUUGUCAACUGUCACAACAUUUUAGUGUAUUAUUUUUUAUUUAGAACAAAUUUGAACAAAUUACCUGGAAAAAUUAUCAAUUAUUAAGGAAGACAAUAAUAUAAAUAAAAAUGGCGGAGAGUUCGAGCAAUGUUUAUGAUAUAAAUGGAGCACAGUUUGAUCCAGAAUUGUAUAUACAAAAAUUAACGAAGGAGUAUAGGCUAAAACAAAUUAUGGAUCAUGAAGAAGAAAUAAGAAGAAAUACCCAAGUAUUACACUCUGAAAUGCAAACGCUAGUUUAUGAAAAUUAUAAUAAAUUUAUUGCUGCUACUGAUACUAUUAGAAAGAUGAAAACCGAUUUUAAAGAAAUGGAAGAAAGCAUGGAUUCAUUGACGACAAAUAUGGACAAUAUUACAAAGUUUUCCGACCAAAUAUCAUCAACGCUGCAAGAUACAAGGCAGCAAAUAUCAAGACUGUCAUCUGUGCAUGCUUUGUUAAAGCGCUUGCAAUUUUUAUUUAAAUUACCUAGUAAUUUAAAAGACCGUAUGAAUGAAGGAAAUUACGCCCAAGCCGUACAAGACUACAUCCGCGCUCAGCGAGUCCUAAACAAAUACGGACACAUGCCAUCCUUCCACGGGAUCCAAAAAGAUUGCGAAGAAAUAGUAGAAGAGCUAAAAACCCAAUUACGAAUGCAAUUCCACCGCCGAGACGCGACCACAAAAUCCCUAACCGAGAGUGUCGACUUACUCUUACGCCUCAAAGAACCAGCUGAUUCUUUGUGCGAAGAUUUUCUAACCCACGCGGACAAUCGGCUGUCGGAAAAAUUAGAAACCUUGAAAGACAUGUGCGAGAACGACAUCAUCGAGUUCGUAGACGCCGGGAGCUCCGGCUAUCUCUCAGACUUGAGCUUAAUAGUCGCGUCUUACAACGACAUGUUCAUCAACAGACCUCGCAGCAACCAAGACGACAUUGACAUCGACGACUUAGACGCCAACGUAAUGAUCCGUCUGGACAAAUUCGUGGUGUCCAACAUGAACAAGUACUUUGAAUUAGUAAAGAAGCGAGUGGAGGGUGUUUCAGACACAGCGAUCCUCGUCCGAGCUUUGGACAGAUUCUACCGUCGCCUCCAAGCGAUGAACAUCCUCUGCAGCGGAGCGGACUUCGCCAAUACGGGAAUAGAAAUUGUAAUUAAUUCGGGAAGAAAACAGUGUCGGAGUCACUUGAACAGCUUGAAGCAGCAUUUAAACGAAACUUUGGCAAAAGUUCGGCAGACUUUAGCGGCUAAAAUAUCUUCUGAGAACGACGGAGGAUUAACGGAGCUCCAGGCGAUGCUCUUGAUGCCGACGAUUGAAAAAAUAAAAGGAAUUCUUCAAGACUUGUCCGCUUUUUUGCAGUCUGAUUUGUCCUUUAGUUUAAAGCCGCAAUUUUUGGAGACUUUUUGUGUUGAAGAAGUUAGAGAAGGACUCAUUGUUGGACUCCUUCAUCACCUAACAGCUGUCGCAAGUGGAUUUUGCACCAGGUCUGAUGUUCCUAAGUAUCCCGCGACGCUGCUGCUGCUCCUCAGCAAGAUGUGCAUUGAAUUCAAAGACUCCAGCAUUCGCUAUUUGAUUUCUACUACUGAUGACAUGUUCAAUGUUGAAGCCUACGCUGCUUCGGUCAGCGCGCUUACUUCGGAGCAGGACAUCUGCAAUGAGUUUGCUAGAGCUGGACAGGAUCUUCUGAAUCACUAUGUGAGGCUUCAAGGCUUGGCUGUUUCGCAGAUGCUCAGGAAGUCUGUUGAAACUAGAGAUUGGCUGCAUACUAUUGAGCCUAGGACUGUUCGGGCGGUUAUGAAGCGCGUCGUUGAGGAUAUCACGGCGAUUGAUGCUCAGGUUUCGGUGCUCUAUGAUGAUAAUGAUGGACAGGUUGAUAGGAGCAGCGAUAGCAGUCGGAAAACUCACAGUAUUAGCGUUUCGAGGCAACAGUAUCGGUCAAAUUGGUCAUCGUACACUCCCAGUCAACUUGAUUCAUCGCUUGUUAGUAAUAUUCACAAGCUGUUCUCGGAAAGAAUAGAAAUUUUUGCUCCGGUUCAGUUUACUAAGGCGUCGAUUUUAACUGGGAUUAUUAAAAUAAGUUUGAAGACUUUUCUCGAGUGCGUAAGACUGCGGACUUUCAGCAAGUACGGGCUCCAGCAGAUCCAAGUCGACACUCAUUACCUACAACUCUAUCUCUGGCGAUUUGUCGCCGAUGAAAAUCUCGUGAAUUUUCUACUAGAAGAAAUCCUCAGUAGCGCUUUCCACCGGUGCCUUGAGCCUAGUCCGAUGGAGCCCAGCGUUGUCGACAUAAUAUGCGAGCGCGGAUAAUAAUUGUACAUACUAAAUAAUUUAUAUCCUAUAUAUUGAAUACAAAAAAAAUUGUAAUUGUAAAUUACUUGUUGCUUAAUUAAUUGAAUAUAUUAAUUUAAAAAACAAACUAAUAUAAUUAUUAUUUUUACAAUGUAUUUUUGGCUGGAGUACACUCUUGACAUUUUGUACUUCAAUAACUUAUAAAUAAUAAGAUAUAGUUUAAAAUUAAUCGAAAGUAGCAUGUACCGAGUCGUGACCCUUCGUCGCGUGGUAUAAAUCGUUAGGUCAAACGAUUUAAACGGCUCUCAACUCCCUACAUAGCAUGCCGAUCUCCGACGGCGGGUCAUGUCAAGACAUUGAUGCUAUCCAAAUGUCAUUAAAAAUAUUUAUAACAUU